GCGCGGUCCGUAGCAGACCGAGGAGCGCGGGGAUGACGGUGCCCGCGGCGGGCUACCGCUAACCACGGUGUGUUGUCGUUAUCAUCUGCGACCCGAGCCUCAUCUCCUGUUUCGCCGCGAUGGACUGCGCUCUCUUCCCGGACCAGGCACAGCUCCUCGUCUUUCUGAAAAAGCUGAGGGAGGUGUUCGACGUGUGCGACGAAGACGCUGACGGGUACGUUCGGGUUGAACACUUCGUGGACCUCGGGCUCCAGUUCGCGCAGGGAGACGAGGUGAAGAAGUUCGCCAGGUACCUGGACCCCAAUGCCCACGGCCGCAUCAACUUCAAAGACUUCUGUCAUGGAGUGUUUGCCAUAAAAGGCUGUGAGGAGGUGCUGAGGACCGUCCUGGGGACGCCCACUAUCGACAGACAGCCGUACCAGACAGACGAUGGCUACUACUACCAGCAGGUGGAGGCAGACCCGGCUCCACCCAUCAUCAUGUGUACCCAGCCAUACCCAGAGUGCCCACUGUACCCGGACGAGGAGCUGGGACGCCGAGACGCCCUGGAAUCCGACAUGGACAGCGGAGCCCCGUCGGAGGCCUCUGAUGGGGGACGCCAUGACGAUAAAGAGGAAGCACUCGGAGGGCUCUUCCUCCCUGGAAACAAUUCCUGCCAGCUGGUCCCUUCGGGUGCUGCGUCCGUGAUCUCGGCUGAAGAGCAGUUUGAAGACUACGGAGAGGGCGAAGAUGUGGACUUCACACCAUGCAGCCCCUGCCCUGACGAUGACACUCGCACCAAUGGUUUCUCAGACCUGGGCUCCUCUCUGCCCUCCAGUGCUGGUCAGACCCCUCAGAAGAUCAGGCACCUGUACUACAGUGAGCUGCUUGAUGUUUACUGCUCUCAGUGCUGCAAGAAGGUCAACCUCCUUAACGACCUGGAGGCUCGACUCAAGAACCUGAAGGCCAACAGCCCAAACAGAAAGAUCUCCAGCACUGCCUUUGGCCGGCAGCUGUUCCACCCCAGUAACUUCAGCAGCAGCCAGGGCAGCACAGAAGACCUGUUCCGUGACAGUAUCGACUCCUGUGACGUCGACAUCACCGAGAAGGUAACUUAUCUGGAGAAGAAGGUGUCAGAGCUGGAGAAUGACAGCCUGGCCAAUGGAGACCUGAAGUCCAAACUGAAACAUGAGAACACACAGUUGGUCCACAGAGUGCAUGAGCUAGAGGAGCAGAUUAAGGACCAGGAGUCCCGGGCAGCCCAGUGUUUGGAGGAGGAGCUGAAGAGGCACAAAGAGAUGUACAGCAAGAUGGGGAGAGAGAAGGGCAUUGAGAUCGAGCUGCUUAGCAACAGGGUGCAACAACUGGAGGAGGAGAAUGCGGAGAUGAAGGUGAACGUUUGCAGAUUGAAGUCUCAGACUGAGAAAUUGGAUCAGGAGAAGCAGCGUAUGACCGAUAAGCUGGAGGACACCAGUUUGCGUCUGAAGGAUGAGAUGGACCUGUACAGGAAGAUGAUGGACAAGCUGUGGCAGAACAGACAUGAGUUUCAGAAAGAGAGAGAGGCCAUGCAGGAUUUGAUAGAAGACCUGCGUCGUGAGCUGGAGCACCUGCAGCACUUUAAGCUGGAGACGGAGCGUCCUGGGCGUGGCCGCAACUCUUCAGCCGGCCUGGCCGAGUAUAACGCUCGUGCACGCGAGAUCGAGCUCGAGCAUGAGGUCAAACGCCUCCGACAGGAGAACCACAAACUGCGUGACCAGAAUGACGAUCUGAAUGGGCAGAUCCUCAGCCUUAGUCUGUAUGAGGCCAGGAACCUGUUUGCCUGCCCCACCAAGGCACAGUCGCUGGCCACUGAGAUCGACAACGCGUCCAGAGAUGAGCUGGUUGAUGCCCUGAAGGAGCAGGAGGAGAUCAACCUCCGCUUGCGCCAGUACAUGGACAAGAUCAUCCUCGCCAUCCUAGACCACAACCCUUCCAUCCUUGAGAUCAAGCACUAGAGCUGCACUGCUCCAGCUGGAGGGAAGGAACACACUCACUGUUCCCCCUUCUGGCCAUGGGAGUGAACAGCACCAACAUGUCAACACGUCAUGUGUCUGUUGCUCAUGCGCUUUCGCGCUCACUCCCACACACACAAACACACACACAGGUUCCCUGCACACUAACACAUGUGUUCAAAUUAACUGGAACGUAAUGUAGAAGACUAUAUGUGUACAUGUGGUGAUGCAGGAUUAUAUAUGAUAUAUUCAACCUAAACGCUGCACCUAUGAGGUUUUACAGCAGGAAUUGCUGUAGUAAUGUGCUUUUCUCUCCGCAAGCCCUGCCACAAACAGAAGGAAAACACUGAACAUUUCCCAUAAGCUCACAUGUCAUGUAGACAGGAGGUGCAGACGCUACAUACACACUCAUCGAUCUUUAGGUCUGCUUGGGCUCCUUCUGAGUUUCCUGUCAGUUUAAUGUUUAAAUGUUCACUCUCGAACACAACUGUCCUGGAACUGGAAAAGGGAAGAGCGGUUUAGGCCACAGCUGCAUGGCACCAGACGCGUUGAAGCACAAACGGAGCAUAAAACGUUCACAGAGCAAACACGUUUGCACAAAAUAGCAUAUACAGCUAGUGAUAUGUAUACCGAAUGAAGGACUGAAAAUGGUAAUGGAACAAAAACCUUUUUUUGGGGGGGGAAGAUAUAGGAUGUGUAAAAAAAAAAAAAAAAAAAUGUUAAAAAAGAUAAUAUGAAGUCUAUUUUUUAAAGGAGAAGUGUAAGAGAUAUUUACCGUUAUCCUUAGUUGAUCCCAGGGUUCCUGUAGCAUAGCACCACCACGUCUCCUCUCCUGCUACACAUGCUCAGGCGUGUAAAGUCCUUUGGCUGUUACCUGAUGCUGAUGAAAGCAGUCUAAUCUUUAUUAUCUUUAGUUCAGAUGGUUAGUACAGCAUACAGAGAAACCCAAACUAUCAAAAAAUCUCUUGCGUAGAUGUGGUUACGUUCUCCUUUCAUUAAUAUGACCGUCGCAGUUACUGUGCGGUGAGGAAGAAGAUGGGCCCUGUGAAGCGUAGCAGGGGUCCGUAUUUGUCUACACGUGUUCAGCGACCC